CUUACUUUUUUCUUGACAAAAUUAAGAUGCAGCCUAUCUUCCAUGCGAUCCUUCAGAAUGACCUUUCAGCUUUUCUUGGUUUGGUGGAAGAGAGAGCAUCGUCACUGGAUGAUAGAAGCGAGGAGCAAAACACGAACAACACGGUUUUGCACAUGGCCGCGAAGCUUGGUCACCAAGAACUCGUCUCCAAGAUUAUUGAGCUCCGACCGGACCUCCUCUGUUCCCGUAACGCACACGGAGACACACCUCUGCAUCUUGCUGCUCUUCUUGGAGACGUAAACAUAGUUACGCAGAUGCUAGACAGUGGAUUGGAACUUUGUUCCGCACGCAACAACAAAAACCAAACACCCCUCCACUUAGCUUCUCUAAGUAUUUUCAUGGAGGCCGCUAGACUCAUCGUGGAAAAGACGUAUUCAGUCGACCUAGAUGAACUCAAUUUCGCCUUAUCAAGUGGAUCUACUUGUAUUGUUGGGAUUAUAGUGGAGAGAUUUCCACAGCUAGCUAGAAAAAGAGCUUGGGUGGUGGAAGGCUGCUCGCCAUCAACGCUACUGCAUCAUGCAUGUGACAAAGGGGACAUUGAACUGACAAGUAUAUUACUAGGGGUCGGUCAUAGACUAGAAGAAGCUCUUAACACAGAAGGCUUCUCACCUCUGCAUCUGGCAGUCCGAAGAGGCUCGGUUCUAAUCCUGAAGGAGUUUGUCCUAAAGGCUCCAUUUAGUUUCGAAAUUCUCACGCCGUCAAAAGAGACAGUCUUUCAUCUAGCUGCACGAAACAAAACUAUAGAUGCUUUUGUUUUCAUGGCGGAGAGUUUGGGCAUUAACACCCGAAUUCAUAUGAAGAAGAAAGAUCAACAUGACAACACUGUCUUACAUAUUGCUGCUUCCGUGGCUUGUUGUGCUCCGCUUAUACGUUACAUUGUUGAUAAGAAGCUAAUAAAUAUCAGAGCAAGGAACAAAACGGGUCAUCGAGCUUCCGACCUUGUCCCUCUAGACGCCAAAGACUUUGAGUUCAUAUCAAGCUGCCUGAGGUGUGAUGACACCAAGACGUCGGAAGAACUGGAUUCUGAGAAGGCUGAGAACAAUCAAUAUUACAGAGGUCGCUCUAAUUAUCCAUUACAUAAUACUCAAAGACGCUCUCAUGAAAAGAAGGUAAUACAGUUGCUUGAGUUAAUCGGAACAAGCAUAUCAGAGAUAGGAGGGAGGAGACAGAAAAGCAAGAAACAUAAAGUUAAAAAUGUUCGUAAGAGCUUGGAACAUGAGAUGCAUAUAGAAGCAUUACAAAAUGCAAGAAACACCAUUGCGAUAGUAGCAGUCCUGAUUGCUUCAGUUUCUUAUGCCGGUGGAAUAAACCCUCCAGGCGGCGUCUACCAAGAUGGACCAUGGAGAGGGAAAGCUAUCGCAGGGUUCAUGGCGACGGCCUAUGUUGCGGCAUCUUGGGUGACCAUACCGCAUUUACCGGGAACACGAUGGUUGUUUCCGGCUAUGGUAUCCGUUGCUGGUGGAUCUCUGACAGUACUCUUUUCCUAUCUAGGAGUUGAGACCAUCGGUCAUUGGUUUAAGAAGAUGAAUCGUGUUUCUUUUAACAAGAACGACAGCCGUGUCAGAGAUAUAGAUGAUGAUCCCGUUACAAGGACUAGCUCAUAUCAUGAUGAAAUGCCUACCAACGCAGACUUCGUCGCCUCCCAAGGAUCAGGCUAUUAUACCUAUUGA